GCACCUGUGAAGCAAGGCAGUUGAUGAGACCAGGUGUUGAGAUAACAGUCACGGCGCGUGCUCUUCUCUGCCAGCAUGUGUGCACCUCCUGAACACAAACCUGGAUCCACGCUGAAGGGAACCGUCUUUUUAUCAGUGUAUUAGUCAGCCAACCAAGUGCUAAGGCAGGCAUUAUUUCAACCGAAAUUGAGUUUCAACCAAACACGAACUAGGAGAUUGAGAAAAACGCCCAUGACUGAACUUAAUGGAUAAAUGAGACGAUUAUUAUUGUUCUGGAAGACGUUACCACGUCAGAAAAUGCAAUUACUACCUUUUGCAAAGUGACUGACAUAUUAGAUAAUUGAGUUGUGUUUUUUAACUGCUGUUUACUCAAGUAAUCCAGAAAUCUUGAAGACGUUGAUUAGAUAGACGAUGUUUUACGGGUAUGACGAGAGUGUAAGGAGAUGCCCAAGUGUAUGAGUGGAAUCCAAGGCCUAGAUUGGGCCAACGCUUUCGGACGAUGUGGUGGUAACUGAUGUACUUUUGACACAGCAGCUGGAAAAUAACCUCGAAACACCAUCAUGUAUAUAGGUUUAUCUUUAAUCUGCCUCAUCCUCUCCUUCCUGCACCCGAUGCCAGCCUCUAGUGCCAAUGUGAGAGCAUCGGCGUCCGACAGUACCAACAGAGACAUGGGUCAGCUAGACAAGGAAGGCAUCCUAGAUUUUCUUGACAAGAUCUCGAACGACCUGAACCGUCUAGUCGUCGUCUUGAAAGGCCUACCUACUAUCAAUGCGACCACUGGUCCGAGUACGACCUCCCUGGGCUCUCUCACGACUAUGCCUGGUAGUCUAGUCACCACUACUUCUCCAGAUGGUUACACUCCCCUGAUCCCUCCAGGAAAUAGUACGACCACUACAACCACGACCUCUCCUGGUUUAAACACGUCUUCCACUACCUUUCCUAACAGUAACGCGACCAUCACAUUUUCUCCUGAACUGAAUGUAACCACUACGACCUCUCCUGAAGGUAAUAUGACUACACCUAUCUAUCCUGAAACUAACACGACUAGUACAGGAAGCAACACGACCACAACGACCUUUCCAGAAGGUAACAUGACUACUACGACCUCUCUUGAAGGCAACAUAACCAGCACAGCCUCUCCUGAAGGCAACAUGACCACUACGACCAUUCCUGAAACCAACAUCACCACGACGACCUCUCCUGAAGGCAACACGACCACAACGACCACUCCUGAAGGUAACAUGACUACAACGACCUAUCCUGAAGGCAAUACGACUACCCCUGAAGGUAACACGACCACUUCCGAAGCUUUCCUGAAGGCAACACGACCACAACGACCUCCCCUGAAGUCAAUACGACCUCUCCUGAAGGCAACACGACCACAACGACCUCCCCUGAAGUCAAUACGACCUCUCCUGAAGGCAACACGACCACAACGACCUCCCCUGAAGUCAAUACGACCUCUUCUGAGGGCAACACGACCACAACGACCUCCCCUGAAGUCAAUACGACCUCUCCUGAAGGCAACAGACCACAACGACAUCCCCUGAAGGCAACACGACCACAACCUCCCCUGAAGUCAAU